UGCUGAUUCCUUAAACUCGUUCGCGUUGCUGCUGGUCGCGUGUGAAAAAAAAAUAAAAUACAACAUAUAAAGUGGCCCAGGAAAAUAUAAUCCAUACAAAAUAAUAUAGAACGCAGAGUGUAAUGUCCAAGGAUGAUUGCAGACCAAAUCUCAACUUCAAAAACUCAACUGAAUGCCUAACGCAGACUUAAUACAAUUGCCAAAUUUUUCAAACCGUCGCUUUAAAAUCGUCCAAAAAAACAACUAAACCAAAAGAAUAUACAAAAAAUAUAUUAAGCACCACCGAAAUAUUUCUACAAAUUUUUCCGGAAAAUAGAAGCUUUUAUGCGUAUUAGAAACCCAUGCUCACCCUGAAAGUAAUCGUCGGUACAUGUGGGGGUGUGUGUGAAUGAGACCAAGCACACCUGUUGCCGCAAUGCUUCCGAUUUGGCCGCCUUGCUGACCGCGUGUUUCGUAUCGGCCAUUUGGCAGGGACCUUUCUCCACCAAGAGGCGUUCUGAAAAGUGCAUUUUGAAUGACAGGCAAAUCAAUAUUGAGCGACCGAAGGAAACUUCAAAUAUGAAUACAGGAGACCAUAAAGAGAAAGCCUCUCAACAACAGCAACAAACGCAACAAAUACAGCAACAGCCGCAGCAGCAGCAACAAUUGCCGCAGCAUCCAGACCAACAACAGCAACAGCAACCAAUUAAUAGAUAUGAUGCCUUGGACAAUUCUAGUUCGAAUAAUAAAUUAAAUCGUAAAUACAAUAACGAUAAGGAUAAGGAUAAAUCUAGCGAUAGGAAUCGGGAAGCGAGCAGGGAUUCGUCGUUGUUGCCCGCCAGUGUUGUCAUCAUCGAUGAAUCAUGCCCUGUGAAGAGCCAGAAAUCACCGACCGGCAUCGAGCCGAGCUCGAGCAUCAUGCCAAGAGGUGGCACCUCCUCCUCGCAACGACGCCGCCAAUUGCAAUUCCAGAGACAAAAGGAGGCCACGCUUUAUGACCGUGGAGAUGAGGCAACAGCCUCGUCCUCAUCCUCCGCCCCGCCCCCAGCCCCCGGCUCCGGCUCCACCCAGAGUGUGAAGGGGGGCGGGGAGCUGGUGAAUUGUAUAGCCUACGAUGACAACACCCUGGUUAUCGAGCGCAAGCCCUCGCCCACAUCCCCCGCCUCCUCGCGACGCUAUCUGAAGGCGGACACCCCGACGCGUGGCAGUCGGAAGUACAACCGCAAAUCCUCGGCAGCCAAGAGCGAUUUGGAGGUGGUCAUGGUCAGGCCGGAACACCAUCACCAGCACCGGUCACCGACGAUAACGCUUCCAGUGCCCACGACACCACUGACCACAUCGGCAUCGGCGGGCGCUUCUCCAACCGGAGCGGUAUUGGGUUCAGGACUGGGAUCGGUAUCGGGAUCAGGCACGGGAACGGGAACAGGAACGGUCCUGCAACAAAGUUGCAGUGCCCUCGACCAGUCAGAGGACGCCGGCCAGGCCACCACCUCGAGGAGACGACCCACCAGCACCGAGCUCGCCCUCAGCAACGUCACUAGUCAGAUUGUAAACAACGCCACCUACAAGCUUGACUUAAAACAGCGCCGCCGCAGGAGCAACAACGGGGCAAGUGACCCGGCGGCGGGAAUAGCCUCCGGAUCCGGGCCUGUUUCCGGGUCGGGCACCAGUCCGGGCCAGUCGGCGGGUCCUUCGAACGGCGGAAGUCGGCGACGCAAGUCGAGUUGUACGAGUUGCGGGGGCGGUGGCAUUAGUGCACCGGGACCCAGGCUAACGCCCGAGGAGGCGUGGCAGCUGCAACCACAGAAUAGUGUGACCAGUGCCGGCAGCACCAACAGCAGCUUUAGCAGCGGGGGAGGACGCGACGACGAUAGCAGCUACAGUGCCGUUGGCGGCGACAGCAGCAGCAGCAAUAGUUGCAAUUGCGACAUCACCGGCGACAAUAGUACGUUGCAUGGUUUCGGGGUCGGUGACGUCAGCAGCUUCAUCGGAGACGACGAGUGCGAGGAGGACGAGGACGACGCUAACCACCCAGAUCUCAGUUCACAGACUCUGCGCACCGCAGCCAUUGUAGCGGCAGUUGCGGCAGCGGCCAAGGAGCAACAGGACCAGCAGGAUCAGUCCCUGUCGCUGGGGGCAGCGGCCACCGACUGCGAGAGCUUUAGCGAGCGACGGCAGGAUGCCGAUGAGGGCGUCCGGAUCAUCCAGGAAAGCGGCGGGAACAACGACUCACUCGAGGACGUCGGCGAGGUCGAUGACAAUGCCGAUGUUGUAGUGAGAAAGAAUUCGCGCAACCGACCCUCGAUCAGGAGGACAUGUAGGAUUACCGAAGAGGACGACGACGAGUUCUACGAAGACGAUCAGGACCAGCAGGGCGACGACGACGAGGAGCCCGAGGGCACCACCAUAGACAUUGAUGAACAGGGCCAUCCAGACCAGGACGAGGACCCCGAGGACGACGAGGACGUGGACGAGUACUUUGAGGAGGAAGAGGACGACACUCAGGCCUUCUCACCCUUCUACUCCAGCUCGGCAGAGUUGAUAGAUAAUUUUGGCGGCGGCGCGGGCAAGUUUUUCAACAUAAUGGACUUUGAGCGAGGAGCCUCCGGCGGUGGCAGUUUCUCGCCAGGGGGCAAUGGACCCGGCAGCGGUGAAAACUCGGCCCGGUACGAUGGCGGCGAGGCGGAGUUAGGCGGCGGCAACAACAUAAUGGGCAUCGACUCCAUGGGCAUUGCAAACAUUCCGGAGACCAUGAACGGCACCACCAUUGGACCCAGCGGUGCGGGUGGCCAAAAAGCCGCCCCUGGUGCCGCCGGUCAGAAACGGCCCCAACGGCGGGGCAAGCCGCAACCGGAUCGUCCACAGCGAGCCCUUUUCUGCCUGACCGUCAAGAACCCUUUGCGAGCCCUUUGCAUUCGCAUCGUGGAGUGGAAACCAUUUGAGUUCCUUAUUUUGUUAACCAUAUUUGCCAAUUGUAUUGCCUUGGCCGUUUAUACGCCUUAUCCAGGCAGCGAUUCGAAUGUUACGAAUCAAACCUUGGAAAAAGUUGAAUAUAUAUUCCUAGUUAUAUUCACAGCGGAAUGUGUUAUGAAAAUUUUAGCAUAUGGUUUUAUGUUACAUAAUGGUGCAUAUCUAAGAAAUGGAUGGAAUUUAUUAGAUUUUACAAUUGUAGUUAUAGGAGCAAUAAGUACAGCACUUUCUCAUUUGAUGAAGGAUGCCUUCGAUGUGAAGGCCCUCCGUGCCUUUCGAGUGCUGCGUCCACUGCGACUUGUAUCGGGUGUACCAAGUCUACAGGUUGUGCUUAAUUCAAUUUUAAAGGCCAUGGUGCCACUGUUUCACAUUGCACUCCUGGUCAUAUUCGUAAUCAUUAUCUAUGCGAUCAUCGGCCUAGAGCUCUUCUCGGGCAAGUUGCACAAGGCGUGUCGCGAUGAAAUCACAGGUGAAUAUGAGGAUGAAAUUCGGCCUUGUGGUGUGGGCCGUGCCUGCCCGGAGGGCAUGAAGUGCUACGGCGGCUGGGAGGGACCCAAUGACGGCAUCACGAACUUCGACAACUUCGGCCUGGCCAUGUUGACGGUGUUCCAGUGCGUCACCCUAGAGGGCUGGACUGAUGUGCUCUAUAACAUUCAAGAUUCCAUGGGCAGCGACUGGCAGUGGAUGUACUUUAUUUCGAUGGUCAUCCUGGGUGCCUUUUUUGUGAUGAAUCUGAUUCUCGGUGUGUUGUCCGGUGAGUUCUCCAAGGAGCGUAACAAGGCCAAGAAUCGCGGCGACUUCCAAAAGCUGCGCGAGAAGCAACAGAUCGAAGAGGACCUGCGGGGCUAUCUCGACUGGAUAACCCAGGCCGAGGACAUAGAACCCGAUGCUGUGGGUGGUCUGAUACCCGAUGGGAAGGUCAAGCAAAUGAAUGAAAUGGACUCGACCGAGAAUCUGGGCGAAGAGAUGCCCGAGGUCCAGCUGACUGAGUCGCGAUGGCGAAAAAUGAAAAAAGACUUCGAUCGGGUUAACCGCAGGAUGCGGCGAGCCUGUCGCAAAGCCGUCAAGUCUCAGGCCUUCUAUUGGCUUAUUAUUGUCCUGGUUUUCCUCAACACCGGCGUCUUGGCCACAGAGCACUACAGGCAGGUGGAUUGGUUGGACAAUUUUCAAGAAUACACGAACGUGGUCUUCAUCGGUCUCUUCACCUGUGAAAUGUUACUGAAAAUGUACAGUCUGGGCUUUCAGGGCUACUUUGUAUCCCUGUUCAAUCGCUUUGAUUGUUUUGUGGUGAUUGGUAGUAUUUCCGAAACACUUUUGACCAAUACAGGAAUGAUGCCGCCUUUGGGUGUUUCUGUGCUGCGUUGUGUGCGUCUUCUCCGUGUCUUCAAAGUGACCAAAUACUGGAGGUCUCUUUCCAAUCUCGUUGCUUCCCUUUUGAACUCUAUACAAUCAAUUGCUUCGCUUCUGUUACUGCUCUUCCUGUUUAUUGUGAUAUUUGCUCUACUGGGCAUGCAAGUCUUCGGCGGAAAAUUUAAUUUUGACGGCAAAGAGGAGAAGUAUAGGAUGAACUUUGACUGCUUUUGGCAGGCUUUGCUCACAGUCUUUCAGAUCAUGACUGGUGAGGAUUGGAAUGCUGUGAUGUAUACCGGCAUCAAUGCCUAUGGUGGAGUGUCUUCUUACGGGGCCCUGGCCUGUAUUUACUUUAUAAUUUUGUUCAUUUGUGGUAAUUACAUUCUGUUGAACGUGUUCUUGGCCAUUGCUGUGGAUAAUUUGGCUGAUGCCGACUCCCUAUCGGAGGAGGUGGAAAAGGAUGAGGAACCACAUGAUGACUCAGCUUUCAAGAAGUCCCAUAGUCCCACUCCAACAAUUGAUGGCGAAGAUCAUCUGAGCAUCGAUAUAGACAUGGAACCUCAUGAGUUGGAUGACGAGGAGAAGAUGGAUCAUGAAACCCUUUCCGAUGAAGAAGUUCGUGAAAUGUGCGAGGAGGAACAAGAAGUGGAUGAAGAAGGCAUGAUUACAGCACGACCCCGACGUAUGUCCGAGGUUAAUACGGCAACGAAAAUUCAACCCAUACCACCGGGCACAUCAUUUUUUCUUUUCUCACAAACGAACAGAUUCCGAGUCUUCUGCCAUUGGCUUUGCAACCACAGCAAUUUCGGCAACAUUAUCCUAUGUUGCAUCAUGUUCUCAUCGGCUAUGUUGGCGGCAGAAAAUCCAUUGAGAUCCGACGACGAUUUGAACAAAGUUCUCAAUAAGUUUGAUUAUUUUUUCACGGCAGUUUUCACAAUAGAACUGAUUCUGAAAUUGAUUGCAUACGGCUUCGUUUUACACGACGGAGCCUUUUGCAGAUCCGCAUUUAAUCUAUUAGAUUUACUUGUGGUCUGCGUAUCAUUGGUAUCACUAGUGUUCAGUUCGAAUGCGAUCUCAGUCGUGAAAAUUCUACGUGUGCUCCGUGUUUUAAGGCCACUCAGAGCUAUUAAUCGUGCCAAGGGUCUCAAGCAUGUUGUUCAAUGUGUCAUAGUCGCAGUUAAGACUAUUGGAAAUAUUGUGCUCGUCACAUGCCUACUGCAAUUCAUGUUUGCCGUGAUAGGAGUCCAAUUGUUUAAGUAUGUGGUCAAGUGCGUUGUAGUCGCAAUAAAAACCAUUGGUAAUAUCAUGUUGGUGACAUAUUUGUUGCAAUUCAUGUUUGCUGUUAUUGGAGUACAACUCUUUAAGGGAAAGUUUUUCAAGUGCUCUGAUGGUUCCAAAAUGACCGAGGACGAAUGCUUUGGCACAUACUUGGUCUAUGAUGAUGGCGAUAUUCACAAGCCACGCUUGAAGGAGCGGGAAUGGAAAAAUUAUGGUUUUCAUUUCGACGAUGUGGCUAAGGGGAUGUUGACCCUGUUUACGGUCUCCACCUUUGAGGGUUGGCCAGGAUUGCUAUAUGUUUCAAUCGAUUCAAAUAAGGAGAAUGGCGGUCCAAUACACAAUUUCCGUCCGAUCGUAGCUGCCUACUAUAUAAUCUACAUUAUCAUUAUUGCCUUCUUCAUGGUGAACAUAUUCGUCGGUUUCGUUAUUGUCACUUUCCAGAACGAGGGUGAACAGGAAUAUAAAAAUUGUGAUCUGGACAAGAAUCAGCGCAACUGCAUAGAGUUUGCUUUGAAAGCGAAGCCAGUACGUCGAUAUAUACCCAAGCAUGGUAUACAAUAUAAAGUCUGGUGGUUUGUCACAUCGUCAUCCUUUGAGUAUACAGUCUUUGUGUUAAUUAUGAUAAACACUGUAACACUGGCUAUGAAGUUUUACAAUCAACCCCAGUGGUAUACAGAGCUUUUAGAUGCCUUGAAUAUGAUUUUUACGGCAGUUUUUGCAUUAGAGUUUGUCUUUAAACUGGCCGCUUUUCGAUUUAAAAACUAUUUUGGAGAUGCCUGGAACGUGUUUGAUUUUAUCAUUGUUUUGGGCAGCUUUAUAGAUAUCGUCUACUCUGAAAUUAAGAGCAAAGAUACUUCUCAAGCAUCCUGCGAUAUUGUUGAAGGUUGUAAAUCUAGAGCCAAAGCUGCUGGUUCAAAUUUGAUAUCCAUCAACUUCUUCCGACUGUUUCGUGUGAUGCGACUUGUUAAGCUCCUAAGCAAAGGCGAAGGCAUUCGAACCUUACUCUGGACCUUCAUUAAAUCCUUUCAGGCCCUGCCUUAUGUAGCUUUGCUCAUUGUACUUUUGUUCUUCAUCUACGCGGUGGUCGGAAUGCAAGUGUUUGGAAAAAUUGAAUUGGAUGGUGGAGGAGCCAUUACGAGCAACAAUAACUUCCAGACCUUUCAGCAGGCGGUACUGGUUCUCUUCCGUUCGGCCACCGGAGAAGCCUGGCAGGAUAUUAUGAUGUCCUGCUCUGCCCAGCCGGACGUAAAGUGCGAUCCACGUUCUGAUUCGAAGGGUGAACUCUGCGGCUCCUCUAUUGCUUAUCCAUACUUCAUUUCCUUCUACGUUCUCUGCUCGUUUUUGAUUAUUAAUCUUUUCGUUGCCGUCAUUAUGGACAACUUUGACUACCUGACGCGAGAUUGGUCCAUCCUGGGACCCCAUCACCUGGACGAGUUUAUUCGUCUGUGGAGCGAAUACGAUCCGGAUGCUAAGGGUCGCAUCAAGCAUCUGGAUGUGGUGACCCUACUAAGAAAGAUAUCCCCGCCGCUGGGCUUUGGAAAACUGUGUCCCCAUCGCAUGGCCUGCAAGCGGCUGGUGUCCAUGAACAUGCCACUCAACUCCGACGGCACUGUCCUUUUCAAUGCAACUCUCUUUGCCGUGGUCCGGACCUCCCUGAGCAUCAAAACCGAUGGCAAUAUCGAUGAUGCCAAUGCGGAACUGCGGGCCACCAUCAAACAGAUCUGGAAGAGAACCAAUCCCAAGCUAUUGGACCAGGUCGUACCGCCACCCGGCAACGAUGACGAGGUGACUGUGGGCAAGUUUUAUGCCACCUACCUGAUCCAGGACUAUUUCCGGCGCUUCAAAAAGCGCAAGGAGCAAGAGGGCAAGGAGGGUCAUCCCGACAGCAACACCGUCACUCUGCAGGCCGGUCUGCGGACCCUUCACGAGGUCUCUCCAGCGCUUAAGAGGGCCAUUUCUGGUAAUCUUGAUGAACUGGACCAGGAACCAGAGCCCAUGCACCGGCGCCACCAUACUCUCUUUGGAAGUGUUUGGUCCUCUAUCCGCCGGCAUGGCAAUGGCACCUUCCGGCGCAGCGCCAAGGCCACCUCCUCUCAGAGCAACGGCGCCCUAACGCUGGGCGGUUCCCCCUCAGGAGCAGUUGGGGUGGGUGGAAGCUCCCUGGUGCUGGGCAGUGCUGAUCCGGCCGGAGACUACCUGUACGACAACCUGAACCGGAGCGUGGCCGACGGCGUCAACCACAUCACCCGGAACAUCAUGCAGGCCCGCCUGGCAGCGGCCGGCAAGCUGCAGGACGAGCUUCAUGUGGCUGGCAGUGGCGGAGAACUGAGGACCUUUGGCGAAAGCAUCUCCAUGCGGCCACUGGCCAAGAACGGAGGUGCGGUCGGAGGUGGAGUGGCUGCGGCUACGGUAGCCGGAACGCUGCCACCCGAGGCGAAUGCGAUAUCUUAUGACAACCGCAAUCGUGGUAUUUUAUUGCAUCCAUAUAACAAUGUCUACGCACCCAAUGGUGCUAUUCCUGGCCACGAACGCAUGAUCCAAUCGACCCCAGCUAGUCCAUACGAUCAGCGUCGUUUACCAACUUCAUAUGAAAUGAACGGCCUAGCCGAGUCAUUGAUUGGAGGGGUACUCGCCGCUGAGGGAUUGGGUAAAUACUGUGACUCCGAGCUCGUGGGGAUGGCAUCCCGCGAAAUGCAAGAAGCCUUAGAUAUGACGCCCGAAGAAAUGAAUCUGGCCGCCCAUCAGAUCCUCUCGAACGAGCAUUCGCUAAGUCUGAUCGGCAGUAGCAAUGGUAGCAUCUUUGGUGGAUCAGCCAGUGGUCUGGGUGGUUUGAGUGGUGGCGGCGGCGGAAGUAGCAACAUUCGGAAUGCCUUUGGUGGAAGCGGAAGUGGACCAUCCUCGUUGUCGCCGCAGCAUCAACCGUAUUCGGGAACAUUACAGUCGCCACCGAUACCGGACAAUCGUCUCAGACGGGUUGCCACAGUCACGACCUCGAACAAUAAUCAUAAGUCCCCAAAUGGCCAAAACAGAACGAAUAAUUUAAAUAGCAGCCAAGUGACCAUGUCGCCCACAAUGCAACAGCAACCACAGCAACAACCGCCACAAAAAUCGCCACCGCGAGGUCAAGGAAACCACACCUUCUCCUCUUAGCACCCACAUUGUAAUCUACACAUACAAAAUGUCUUCUUCAUGGAAUUUUAAACGUACAUCUACUAGAAUCAGUUCAAUUCCAACUGAUUGUGUCCUUUUGUAUAAUUUUUAGCGAACAAAAAACAACACUUUAGUCUUAGCAACGAGAAUUGAUCUAUUUAUGUGGACCAUUCACGGGCGAGUGGAUGAUACUAGUGUAGAGGAAUUUGUAAAACUUGUAAAAAGUAAUCAACAUACUGUAUAUUAAUAAAACAAUUAUUCUGUUCAUUUGAUUUUUGAAAAGUCUAUCGUUGGCUAAUCGCCCUUUAAAAAGAGCUACAAACCAAACAAAAAAUAAUAAAAACAAUUUAGCUAAAAAUCAUAAUUUUUGUUGUAAGCAACAAGAAAAUAUGUAUAUUUUUUAAAGCAAACUAAAGAUUAAUAUCCCAACUGAUAAUGCCUAAAUUUGAUUAGUAAUGGACCUAAAAAAAAAAAAACAAAUAAAAGAAACAAAAGAUUAAUGAUAAAUAAGCAGACACAAAAACAUAAUUGAUUAGGUAAUAAUAUUCAAUAAUAAACAUAAAUUAAUAUACAAGAACAUUGUACUCACAUUAUUGAACGACAAUGUAACUACCUAUUUCGAUUUAGACGCAUUUUAUUUUUUAAGUAUUUAAUAUUUGAAAACUAAUGAACGGAUUUGUUUUCUAAACACGGCAAACAAAUAUGAAAUGUAUAAAAUUAAUAGCAAAAUUUCAAGAGACGGGAAACCCCCUUUAAAAACUAUAAGAAAACUGAAUUUUAAUUGUUAUGAUUGAAUUUUAUAAAUAAAGUCAGAGAAAUUUGAGCAAAUUAA